CCAAGAACUGCCCACGUGCCACUACAGUUCCUUCCCAAAAGACUGAAAGCGUGCGAAAAGUACUGUAGUUUCGAGGCGCAAGCCAAAUGGCUCCCUUUCGCACUUCAACCUAACUCGGAUCCUUCCUGAGCAAACCUCCUCACGAUCACCACUACCAGACCGUAGACAGUAAGCAUGGUGGAGGCGGCGAGUGUGCUAUUGUUCCUUCUGCUUUGCACUUUCAGCACAAGCACGGUGAAUGCCUUCAUAAUCUUAUACACUUUCCCACCUCGUUGGGCAAUAUCCAAACCACCAGCACCCGUGACACCGCAGUUGCCGAAUAGCUACAAGGUGACAUCCGCUGCUACAUCGCCUGCUACAUCACCUGCUACAUCGCCUGCUACAUCGCCUGCUACAUCACCUGCUACAUCACCUGCUACAUCGCCUGCUACAUCGCCUGCUACAUCACCUGCUACAUCGCCUGCUACAUCAUUUUCUUUUCGAUUCUCUACGCACCGUGGCGCUCCUGGCACAGCAGAGCACUGCAGCAGUGUGGCUUUUAAGUGCAGAAUUAUCAUUCACGAUUUGCAGCCAGGAAUUCUAUAUCACUGGGGACGCAGCAAGUUGCCUGAUCCCAUAGCGGAUAAGACUGAAAUCCUGAACGCAACAAAGCAACUCGUACCAGUGGGAGGAAAAAAAGACAAUAACUGUCGUUUGGAAUGUGGUCUUUCCCUGGUAGUAUCACCACAUCUACUGAAUCCUCUCGACUUCACCUAUGCAUAUCGCUGUGGAGCUCAGGUCCAUGCGACAUUGCCGGUUGUCUGGGCAUCUGAUGUCUUUGUACUUGGCCAGGACACUACUGCAAGCAGCAACCGCAACAGUAGUAAUGGUCACAGUGCGGGUCGGCUGCAAGGUGAUGCCAGCGGGGAUGCCAGCGGUGCUGGCAGUGAUGACAGCCAUGCAAGCUCAGUACAACGUGUAGUGAAUCUCACAAGCUGCAUUGUGCCAACAGCAUCUCCCAGCCAGUCAAGCACGAUCCGCCCUAGUCAGACCAGAGCAGGUUCUGCAACACUGGGUCAUACUUUAAACGACACUGACGAAUGUAGCACUGGUACCCAUCAAUGUCAUGCAUAUGCUGCAUGUCAGAACACAGUAGGUUCCUAUGUAUGCUCAUGUGCUGAUGACUAUACUGGCAAUGGUAUGCAAUGCUCACCACGGGAACAACCUGCAGGCACGUCCUCGAAUCUCACAGCCCUAACUGUGGGCAUCACUUUGUGUGUUGUACUCAACAUCAGUGUGCUGGCACUCUACUUACUAUGGAAGAACAAGCACAAGAAGAGUGAGGACAUCCCGUCCGCAAUGAUGCUUACUCAAUCCACGACCACAAACGUUAUGUCCACAUCUACAAGCUGGACGGGUGAGAAUUUGUAUGCAAUCGAACCUGGGAAUUCAUCACACAACCAUGGCAACAAGGAAACAGAGGACCCAAACCUAGGAGUCCAUUACCAUAAGGGUGGCAGCUCGGAAUUAGAGGAGGUAGAGGAGGCAGAGGAAGCAGAAUAUGCAGAGUUUGCGAUGAAGGCCGCUGAGUUCAGUUCCCGCCUUGGUUACGAAGUUUGUGAGAAACAGCCCCACUCAUCUACAUACCGCUCACUCGGGGAUUUACACGAUCCGGAUUUAUAUCAAUCCACUCGAAGAAGUGCGAGAAGAAGUUUAUUGGACUAUCCAUGGAUGUAGGGAAAAGCAAAGGGUAGAAUUCAAAGUCAGCUCCUGCCAUGCUAAAUACCAGGGAGUCGUAAAAUACCGACUCCAUGCUAAAUACAAGCAUUUGUUGUUGACAGUCCCUACUUGCAGUAGUUGUAGUAUAGUUUGUAUCUGUAUUUUUAAUAUAGUAGUACACGAGAUCUCUUGAGUACGAAAUAGUGGUUGCGAGUGUCUCUUGAGUGUUAACAGUUUUCGAAGUUACUAAGGCUAGGGAUCGAGUUGACAGUUGUGUGCCCCGCUACAUUAUAGAAUGCGAGGCUUCAUAUCUGUUUGGAUUUAACUUCCGACGCAAUGUUUCACUUUACCAAACGUGGCCUCAAUUUGCCUGUGUAUUUUCCUCAUAUUUGUUCUUGGCCAGCGUGUAGUAAAAUACCUGCAGUAUUUCUUUUACUUCGAAGUACAACUCCAGUAUCUACAGUAGAGUCAUGCGCCCAAGAACGUUGUUUCCCAGGGUUUAGCCGUGGACAUUGUUAUUUUUUCAGCAAUCUGGCUCCGUUCUUAUAGCACGCUCUUAGAAACAGUGUGUACUGGAUCAUAUGUAUCCCACAAGCUGCCAGAAAACCAACACCGCCGUUCUUAGCUUCAGGCUGUGGCGUUCUUAGUAUUUCAGGCUGGACGUUCUUGGGCUCCACGUUCUUCAGCGCGCGCCUCUACUGUACUACUCCCUGGUCACUGCUAUCUUGCAAGUGCUUUUAUGGUAACUAUGUUCUCAAUGUUUUCGCCGUCUUUUAUCCAUCUUACCAUAUAAGGUUCAGUUGCAGACUAGACUGCGUGUGUGGAAGACGGUCACAGCUUUGAAGCUCUGAUGGUGAAUGAAGGAGCUUGGAAGAUUUUCCGUGCUACUCUGCACUCUAUUCGCUGCUGUGUUGGGUUCUGCUGUGGCAUAAGCCCAGCAUUGGACUGCGAGGUGCAAUCGUCUGCAUCAUAUAAUGAGCUGUAUACAGUCAGACC